AUGACCGCGGCCGCCGCCUCCAACUGGGGGCUGAUCACGAACAUAGUGAACAGCAUAGUAGGGGUCAGUGUGCUCACCAUGCCCUUCUGCUUCAAACAGUGCGGCAUCGUCCUGGGGGCCCUGCUGCUGGCCUUCUGCGCCUGGAUGACGCACCAGUCCUGCAUGUUCCUGGUGAAGUCCGCCAGCCUGAGCAAGCGGAGGACGUACGCCGGCCUGGCGCUGCUCGCCUACGGAAAAGCGGGGAAGAUGCUGGUGGAGACCAGCACGAUUGGCCUGAUGCUGGGGACCUGCAUGGCCUUCUACGUUGUGAUUGGUGAUCUGGGCUCCAAUUUCUUCGCUCGGCUGUUUGCGUUUCAGGUGACUGGGACCUUCCGCAUGUUCCUGCUCUUUGCCGUGUCCCUGUGCAUCGUGCUCCCGCUCAGCCUGCAGAGGAACAUGAUGGCCUCCAUCCAGUCCUUUAGCGCCAUGGCCUUGAUCUUCUACACCGUGUUCAUGUUCGUGAUCGUGCUGUCCUCCUUGAAGCACGGCCUGUUCGGCGGGCAGUGGCUGCAGCGGGUCAGCUACGUGCGCUGGGAGGGCGUCUUCCGCUGCAUCCCCAUCUUCGGCAUGUCCUUCGCCUGCCAGUCCCAGGUCCUGCCCACCUACGACAGCCUGGACGAGCCGUCGGUGAAAACCAUGAGCUCUAUAUUCGCCUCCUCCCUCAACGUGGUCACCACCUUCUAUGUCAUGGUCGGCUUCUUCGGCUACGUGAGCUUCACCGAGGCCACUGCGGGCAACGUGCUGAUGCACUUUCCCUCCAACCUGGUGACGGAGGCGAUGCGCGUGGGCUUCAUGAUGUCGGUGGCCGUGGGCUUCCCCAUGAUGAUCCUGCCGUGUCGACAGGCCCUGAACACGCUGCUUUUCGAGCAGCAGCAGAAGGAUGGGACCUUUGCGGCCGGAGGCUACAUGCCCCCUCUGCGGUUUAAAGCGCUCACCCUCUCGGUCGUGUUCGGGACCAUGGUCGGUGGAAUCCUGAUUCCAAACGUGGAGACGAUCCUGGGCCUCACGGGCGCCACGAUGGGAAGCCUCAUCUGCUUCAUCUGCCCGGCUCUGAUCUAUAAGAAGAUCCACAAGAACGCCCUUCCCUCCCAGGUGGUGCUCUGGGUCGGCCUGGGCGUCCUGGUGGUCAGCACGCACACGACGCUGUCUGUGAGCGAGGAGGCCCCCGUGGACGCGGCUGAGGACGCCCUGGCCGGGCGGCUUGAAGAGGCCGAGGGCGUCAUUCAGGCAGAGGUGGCCCGGCUCCCAGGCCAGAACCCGCUCGUGGCCGCGGCCGAGGACGGCCGAGAUAAGCCGAAGCUGCCAGAUGAGAAAGAGGAGGUGGAGCAGGCCCAGAUCAAGGGCCCCGUGAACGUGCCCCAGAGGGAGGACGCCAAGGAGAAGCAGGAGGAGGUGCAGCUGCACCGCCCCGGCCAAGGUGUCGCGGUGCCGAUGGGGGAAGCCCACCGCCACGAGCCCCCUGUCCCUCACGACAAGGUGGUGGUGGACGAAGGUGAAGACGGAGCGGAAGCGCAGAAGGAGCGCCCAUCCAAGCAUGUGGAGGAGAAGGCUCCGGGCGGCAAGGCUCAGAUAGCACCACCUCUGCCGGACUCAGGAGGAGAGAGACCCCGACAGGACCAGGGCUUGGAGGCAGCAGGGGGUCUCCCCGAAGACCCCCAGAAGGGUCCAGAAGAAAAUGCGCAGCCAGCCGUGGAGCCUGUCAAGGAGGCCAAGGGGCCAGGCGACAGGGGUCUGCACCCAGGGCCCCAGGCACUGCUCCCUGAGGGGCAGGACGCCCCGGAGGCGGGUGCAGGGGAGAGAGCUGGCGGGAUCCUGCUGCCGGGCCAGGCUGCAGGGGCCGCGGGCGAGCUGCCAGAGAAGAGUCAGCCCGGUGGGAAGGCUCCCCUCCCGGUGAAGCUGGCCCCCGAGCUCGGGCUGCAGGCGGAGCCUCGGGAACAGAGGAACGCAGAGGGCCAGGGCGGCGGCGGAGGCCACGCGGGCAGCAAGCUGGAGGCUGAAAUCAAAAAGAUAGUAGCAGAAGCUGGCCGGGCGGAGCUGCUGGACCACGCCGUCCUGCUGCAGGUGAUCCAGGAGCAGCAGGUGCAGCAGAAGCGCCUCCUGGACCAGCAGGAGAAGCUGCUUGCGGUGAUCGAGGAGCAGCACAAGGAGAUCCACCAGCAGAGGCAGGACGGCGAGGAGGCUGACGUGCCGCCUGAGCCUGGGGUGGCUGCACCCAGGGCGAAGGAGCAGGAGGCCCCCGGCGAGGAGAGCGUGGAGCACCCCCCCCAGCAGCCUUUGGAACCCGAGCUAGGAGCUCCCGGGCGUCCCCCUGCUCUGCCCCAGGGGCACGGCCUGCGCUCCAUGGAGGAGCCUGUGGGGGCCGCAGGCAGAGCUCCACCGGGUCCUCCCCGUGCGGCCGACGCGGAGCCCCGGGAAGUCCGUGCUGAGCCGAGGGAGGGCCAGCAGGGUGCGGGCGCGCAGCAGCAGGUGCCCGGGAGCCUGGGGAAGCCAGUGGCCGGCGAGUUCCCGGAGCGGCGUCAGGAUGGUCCUGGCGGAGGCUCCCACGAAAGGAAGAAAUCCAGAAAGGAGGUGGCGCCCACGGGUGCCGGCGCCCGGGAGGCAGACGGGCUGCUGGCAGGAGAGAGCGCGGCCCCGCAUGUGAAGUCACAGCCGAUCAGCCGAGACCAGGGGCCUGCAGGCCCAGCCAGCAAGUCCGAAGGAGCAGCCCCUGGGACCCAGGCCGAGCCCCGGCAGCUGGAGCACCGGGCUGUCUCUGUGCUGGGUCACGGGCAGCAGGGCGGCCACCUGGAGACCAGAAAAGAGGCCCCCGGUGGGGACCGUGCACCAGCUCAGGGGGAGGACGCUGCGGGCCAAGAACUUGAGCAGAGACCAGACCCGGAUCUUGAGGCCAAACCAGCCAUCCCCAAUGCUGAGAAGCCAGACUAUGCCAAACCCAACCGAGACCUCAAAGUCCAGGCUGGCUCUGACCUUCGGAGGAGACGGCGGGAGGUGGCUCCCGGGCCAGGGGGAGCCCCAGCCACGAAGGACAAGGUCAUCAUCAGCUUCCACCCUCUCCCGGACGUGCAGGUCAAUGAUCUCCGCAGCGCCCUGGAGACCCAGCUCCGCCAGGCUGCGGGGGGCGCGCUGCGGGUGGUCCAUGGCCGCCAGAUGAAGCAGCUGGCCGAGGGCCUGGAGGAUCCCUGAGUGGCUGCUAAUGGCCGCUGUCCUCCAGGGCGGCUGGUGUCACCCAGCCACGCCGGGACCAUGUGGGCACUGAGUUCCAGAGGCCACCCCCUGGGUGGGAGUCUGCAAGCCCGCUCACUGUGGCCUCGUUUCCAGACAGCCUGUGCCUCUGCCGUCCCGCGUCUUGUCCAAGGAGGAGAAGCAGCCUCUCGCCCACUCAGAUGCUGCAGCGUCCAGUUGGGGUCUUGAGACAGGCCGGCAGGGGACCACGGCCCUGACAGGGACUUGGGGUGAGCACGAGCCCCCAGUCCGCCAGACUCCGAGUUGCUCUAAAUGUGUAUUGUUUGUGUGACGUUCUGAGUGUUGUGGAAACCCCUAGUACACCCUGCCGCUCGGCGGAUGCUGCUUCGUGGCUGGGGGGCCCCUGGGGUCAGAAAGCUGCCCGGGUGCACACCUCCCCCUGCCCCUGCCCCUGCAACAGGCGGCCGGGGAAGAACGCCUACUGACCAAACCUCGCGGGCGACACAGAAGCCAGAGCCCACGCAGCCCCAGAACGACCGUGUAAGCAGGUGGGAUGGCGUUUUGUGGGGUUUGGUUUUCAGGGAACAGAAAAGCCAGAGGCUGCCCCGGAGGCUGGGCGGGCACAGGUGUAGCCGGCACGUUUAGUGGACUGUCCACCUUCAAGCCCAGGGCCUGCGCCAGCUCUGUCCCAUGCGUGCGUCCCACACCCCUUCCAAGGGCAGUUGUGUGUUCCCCAGACCCCGCGGUGUGGCUGCUCACUGGCCGCGGGGCCCAGGCAGGCGGCAGGACCACAGCUGCACGCCCGGCCCAGCCGUAGCUGAUCUGUCCUCCCCUGCACCUUUGAGAUUGUGUCGUUUCCUAUGUCCUCGGACAGCCCGGAGGACCAGAGUGAGCAAUAAAAGGAGUGUGGUUUGGAGGCCAA